AUGAUAGAUGUUCAGUCUGUCGCGGAACUGAGCAAUCAUGGGCUGGAACAUGGUCUGGCGACCAUUGAGACCAAGGUUGAGGUUUUGAAUGCGAAGAUGCAAGAUCUGGAUGCUGCUCACGGAAUUUUGAUCUUGGGCCAGCAAGAGAUCCAGGAGGUCAAGAAAUCGCUUGAGGUGUCUAUGGCUUCUCUCUGUGAGAACGUGCUACCUGGCAUUCUUGCAAUGAAGGAGGAAUACUAUGAGGAUCCUAGAAAAACUCUAGGUCAAAGAGUUCAAUAUCUGGAGAACCAAGCCAACUCCCACUCUGUGGGCACCAACCUGUUGAGCUCCUUAAGCAACACAGGCUCUGUGGAUAGGAGAGGCCUAGCCAUUGGCGGUUCUGCAAAUCAGCUUGACACAGUCGUGGCCAGGCUUGAACAACUAGAUAUGGCUAACGCCUCAUUGAGAGAAGAAGUAGCCAGAUUAACUGCUGACGCAGCAUCUCAGCCGGAGUUGUCCCCAGCCCCUUUGUCAGCUAUAUGCUUCAACAACUGA